UUGUGCGACGGAAGUGGGAUAUCCCUACGGCUGUGAAAUAUCGCUCCGUUUUUCUUAAAUAUCUCUCCGCUCUAACCACAAAAACAGCUCAUAGCUCGUUGGGAACUAGACUCCUUUGUGCGGGAAUUACACUCCUGCUGCUGGUGUAUACACUUGUUUACUUGUUAGCUACAUAUACACUGACAAAAGAGUCCGAGGUUGCCGCAUAGUUAAACUAGCACACUAGCUGUCAGCCAGACCACACGAUAGAGGCCAUCGCUUCCGCAUAGGAUCAAGCAUUAAGGACACAGCCCAGUAAAACGGUUGUGGCCCCACUGUGGAUUCCCUGAAUAGGACCAGAGUGGAGGCAGUCGUAGGCAGAGUGGGCGCCACGUGAAGUGUGGUUUCGGCUUCCUCCAUGAGUAACAAUGCUGGUCAAAGAACUCCACGGACUCGGGCGGCGAAGGAAGCCCAGGGGGCAGGGGGGACAAUGACACGGAUCCCUCAGAACCAGAGUGUGGACCCUUCCUACAGGCCAACCCCCACUGCAGGCCCAACCACAGCCUGCAGUGGUGGAGGGAGCUCCUGUGUCCUGAGUAAGCUGAUCCAGCUGUCGGCUCUGCCGCUAUCGCGCCACCAGCUGAAGAAGUUGGAGGAGCACAGGUAUAGCAGUGCAGGCCACUCCCUUCUGGAGCCCUUCAUGCAGCAGUACUGGGAGUGGCUAGUGGCGCGUGUGCCGGGAUGGAUAGCCCCCAACCUCAUCACUAUCGUGGGCUUGGCCACAAACAUCCUCACCACAUUGGUGUUGGUGUACUACUGCCCCACUGCCACUGAACAGGCACCUCUGUGGGCGUACCUGUCUUGUGCAGUGGGCCUCUUCAUCUACCAAUCACUGGACGCCAUCGAUGGGAAGCAGGCACGGCGCACCAAUAGCAGCACCCCACUGGGAGAGCUCUUUGACCAUGGUUGUGACUCCCUCUCGACAGUGUUUGUGGUCCUGGGCACCUGUAUCGCCGUCCAGCUUGGCACUAACCCCGACUGGAUGUUCUUCUGCUGCUUUGCCGGCAUGUUCAUGUUCUACUGUGCCCACUGGCAGACCUACGUAUCGGGCACCCUGCGCUUUGGCAUCGUUGAUGUGACUGAAGUGCAGUUCUUCAUUAUAAUCAUGUAUUUACUGGCUGCCAUCGGAGGAUCAGCUUUUUGGCAGUUCUUGAUCCCUGUGGCGAACAUCCAGAUUAAGAUCAUUCCAGCCAUCCUCACUGUGGCAGGAGCCAUCUUUUCCUGCACCAACUACUUCCGGGUCAUAUUCACGGGAGGCGUAGGAAAGAACGGAUCCACCAUAGCGGGAACGAGUGUCCUGUCACCGUUCUUCCACAUAGGGUUAGUUAUCACUCUGGCUGUCAUGAUCUACAAGAAGUCUGCGUCCCAGCUGUUUGAGAAGCACCCAUGUCUCUACGUCCUGGCCUUUGGGUUUGUGUCGGCCAAGAUCACCAUCAAGCUAGUGGUGGCUCAUAUGACGAAAAGUGAGAUGUCUCUCCAUGACUUGGCUUACCUGGGGCCAGGGCUGCUCUUCUUGGACCAGUAUUUUAACAGCAUCAUAGACGAGUACUUGGUCCUCUGGGUGGCACUAUUCCUAUCCAUCUUUGACCUGGUGCGCUACUGCGUCAGCGUCUGCAACCAGAUCGCCUCUCACCUGCACAUCUUUGUAUUCAAGAUCAAACCCCCCAACCUGCGGCCAGUCGCUGCCUCCCAGUCAGGCAAAGAUGUGUGGUGACACUGGUGUCCCUGGUCUGGUGACACUACUGACACCGUCCGGACGGAGUUGGAGCUGGUGGGAGUACCUCUACCGCCUCCCCCUCGUUGCCACAGGAUUCCCAUUGGAUGAGACGAAUUGGAGGCGGUCUCUCUACGAAUGUAUUAGCCAAUGAAAUUAUGAAUACAUUGAGGGCGGUGAAAAGAAGAGGAGGGACAAAAACAAAUGAAAAUAAUUUCUUUCAAUCUCUUUGGUGUGCAAUAAUGCUUUGUUUUUGCUGAUGUUGUGUUUGGUGUUAAAGGUUCAUAGCCGAAGAGGUGAAAGAGGGAGCGAGUUUCCUUUUGAGGUUUUGUUUAUUUUGUCAUAAAAGAGCACCCCGUUAUUUGGUAACACUAUUUAUGAGAAUUAGUUGUCUAACCAAACUUUAUGGAUAGGGGUUAAUGUUACUUACUAUAACUAUGCUGCCACUAUCUGUAUAUUAGCAAUUUUUUUGGUUAUACCUAACCAAAUAAUAUUAUACUUAUCUACGUGAAAAACACCUACAGUUUAUUAAUGUUUGUGUCAGAACAGUAUGACUGAACUUAAAUGUAUCUGUUCUUUCAGUAUUGGUACUAGUUCAGCUCCUCUACGUACAAUAACUACUUGUUCCACUCCAGAGAAAACGUUAGUCCUCUGUUCAAGGUGUAGUUCUGUGUACUGCAUUCAGUUUUAACCAUCUGAAAAGCUGUCAUAGUUUGGGGAUUGUAUUCAGUGGAAGAACACAUGGUCACGAGCGCGUUGCUUAAUGUCCUAAGACCGCCUUGCAUUUCUAUUGUUGAUCCUAUGUCACCCUUGUCCUGUAUACAUGAUGAAGGCGCACAUGUAUGGCACUGAAGUAUCUUUUCGAUAAGCCCCGACGAACAAAGAUAGCAUUGUCAUCAUAUUUUCAUAAUAUGGCUACGUACUUCUUUUCGUCCCAUGUAAUAGCCAUACAAAUGGAUCUCUACAUUAUACAACUCUGUAUAUGAGAGACGGGUCACGGUUCCUGCUGUAUGCUUCCAGUUAACUUGUGCCAUAUGUGAUGAAAGUCAAUGGAGCAUUGCUAGUUAUCAGUUACAAGCAUUCAGACUCUUAACCGUGAGGAAUUUGGUCUUAUUAUGCUACUCAAGUAACAGUUAAGAGUAAGUGUUCUGUCUUCCACAAGUCAUUCUGUCAUCAUAGAUGACAAAAAUAAAUGUGGGAUGUUUUGGUGAUAGGUGUUACUCCAACUCCACACACUCCUUUUACAUUAUUCCUCCAUUUUUAAUUAUUAUUCUUACAUUUUCUUUUCAGCUGUGUUGCUUUUUAGUUGCGCUUUGGUUCUACUGUAGCGUUGCUCAAAUAGGAGUCGGUCAGGCUGCCACUAGUAUAACCUCACCACUUGGAGGAACUGCUUGGAUGUGAAAAAUGCAAUACAGUCGUUAACAGUUGCCUUAAAUGCUAAGUACUUGCAUUGGAAGGGAAAAGGCUAGUGUUAAAUGUUGUGGUAUAAAUGCUUGAUUAGUUACAGAUGAAUACAGUUCGCUUCCACUUCACUCCCUAAACCUAACCUUAGUCACUUCAACUCCCCCACAGCAACACUGGUAUCAUUGCAGUUCCAUACCCAUUAGGGCUCUCUCUAUUCAUAGUGAACUCUGGUCUGUUACGCUGUUACAUAAUAGCCCAUCAGUUCUCUCCCUCCGUGUGCAACAGGUCAAUCCACCCAUUCUGUCUGCGGUCUCGUCAUUAAGCAAGUAUUCAACUUUAGAACUAGAUCCAUACGGAUGGACGCAGUACUGUCCAUGGUCAAACAUAAGGAAUGUUUUUUUUUUUCUGCAAAAAUUAAGGAAUGCCUCUUACCCUACCGAUUUAGCUUAUAUCAAACAGUGAUGCAUAGAGUAUUAAAAUGUCUGCCGCUAAUGUCUCAUAACAACAGAAGAGCUUGUCAGUGUUCUCUUUUGUGUGUGUAUCAUAUGCAUGGGAUGGGCAUUACAAUCCACUGUAGUGGUCACAGCCAAUAGCCACAUGGAUAUAUAUGUAACUGAUGGUGUUCAACCAAUUGAAACACCCAUUCAAAUGUAACAAAUAUUCCCUUGGAUUGUUUGUCAUUUCGGAACAAUGCAGAGAUUUUGAAGAUGAAAUGUGAAGGGUGAAUCAAUCGUUGGCCGUUGUAAAAAAUAAAUGUUUGUCAUUUUA